AUGGUUGGAGUUGUGUCUGACACAAUCGGAUUGUCGAAGCUGAAUUUAGACACAAACGUUAAUGGGCAAGAGUUACCCUUUUUUUUCAACAACCCGGAUGAGACCGGGACUAAAGUGCCGCAACUCACUGAGGCGGUAAUCCACUCGUUUGGAAAAAUUUUGGACAUUUUUGAGGAGCCACUCAAGUUGCGAGAUCCAGAGUUCGAUCACUCUCACUCGGCGCCAUGUGAAAAGUCAGCGUCCUCCAAGGAGAACACCGUGAAACCAGAGUUAGGUGAAAAUGGAUUUAGGAAGCCACUAUUUAAUCUGGAAUACCUGGGGAAGAGGACGAGGCAGUACUACGACAAGCUGGAAUCACACCAGGUGCCGCCGCCGAUCGAAGUGAACAGCGAGAUGCUGAAAGUGUCGGCGUCGCCGUGCCCGGAGAACAUACACCUGUGCGGAAAGUGUUUUGUGUCCCUGGCCUCGGUUCGCUGCGACACAUGCAUGGUCUACUUCUGCGGCUUGUGCGCGAACAACGUGCACUCUGACGGCGUGGACCUGAGCAUAUCCCUAAACAAGCAGGCAAGCUACCCCGAGUACGAGUGGUGCGAGUCGCACCCGAAACAGGAGGUGAAGUACGCCUGCGUGACGUGCCACUUCACGCCAGUGUGCGGGCUCUGCGCAUCGGAAGUCCACAAGGCGCCUGGCAGCAACCACAAGGUCAUCGAGAUAGAGCUCGCUGUGACUGAAGUGAAGGAGUUUUUGAAUGAUUGCCUGUCGGGGCUGGUGGAUCGGCAUAAUGGACUCUCGCCGGUCCUCCCGGAGCUCGACCAACUGUCCCACAUGGCCGAAUUGUCAGUGAGCUCUUCAACUCGUUCCCUGAGGUGCGCGCUGCAGGGCGUGUUCGACGCACUUAAGACGAAGCAGAUGAUGAUUGACGGAGAAAUAAACAUCCUUCAGCAACUGGGCUCCAGCAACCUGAAUCGCCUCUCGAACGUGAGCACCAACUACAACAAAUACCUCCUGAGCAAGAUUGAGCAGCUCAAGAGGUUGUCGAACCUGAAGGACCCUGGCCUGGCGCUGAACUUGUACGUAGAGUUGCGCCAGGGCUUUGAGCAGCUGCUGUACCACUACGAGGACAUUCCGGACCUUGCGCUUGAAAUCCCGCACUGGCAACUGAACACAGGGAACCUUCCGAACCUCUUGGCAGACGUGGAGUACAGGAUAAACAGCAGGUCCGAAGAGCUGAACGACCUGUGCACCCUGAUAGUAGAGCAGGCGAACACCGCAGGCUCUUCGGUGGAGUACGUGCUGAGUUCAGACUUCACGUACGACGAUGAGCCAGAGCUCUUCGCAGUCGAGCAUCCGGUGGAAGAAGAUCCCACUGACAUGACCGAGCUGAGGGGAGUGUUCACAAGAAAGGACUAUGUGCACAGAAUCCCCUGCAAAAGGGCCGUCACGCUGAGGGAGCACUUCCUGUACGUCUACACCUCUGACUCCCACUUCGAAGGCUCGUCAGUGGAGUCCAAAAUUGAUUUGAGUGCAGUGACAGUCAAGUCCUUAGACGAGGAGGAACUGACUGAAGUUGCGAAGCUAGUUAGAAUAGGCUCGCCGAACGGGUUUGAACUAAUUGAGAGAAAGGGAGGCAAGAUGAGGUUCUGGAUUUUCACGACUGAAUCCAGGAACCUGGCGCUGUUAUGGACCUCGAAACUGAAGAAGAUAGCGUCUGAACACUUCAAGAUUAACCUUUCCCACUUUAACAUCGACAAGAACUUCGUGCUCCCAGUACCGCCAAAACUACCUCAGCAAUUUAAGACAAACAAGAUGCACGAGAACGAAGCAGUGAGAGCAGGGGCGUUGAGAUUGAACUUCCCUCAGGACAGAAACCAGACGCAGUACGUGGAGCCGACGCCGGACUUCAAGCACAUAUCAGAGGCGCUGAGAAACAUAAGGGACAACUCCUCACUGCUGUACGACAAAUGUUUUUCAAAGAGGAACGAACUAUCGCCAAAAAAUGUAGAACCCAUGAAAAACAAAUUGGAACUAGUAGAAAGCUCAGAACACAAUGCAGAGCUGCCCGAUACAGCGUCGGAGCAUUCAAGUAUAAUAUCGGCAGGAAGAUACGAGCUGCCGACCCCGAGAAUCGAAGAAAGGGUAAUAAGCAUCAAGAGGGAGCCACUGUCAUUCAGAUGUGUGGACCUUCCAGAGUUUGAAUACUCACCUAAGAUAACCUCACCAAAAUCGAUUCAUAAAUACUUCGAAGAGAUCUCUAAAAGCUAA